AAAUAUCGCUCAACUAUACCGAAUAGUCACAGUUGAUACCGAGGACCACAAAUAACAUAAUGCGUGCCUUCGCCUUACUAGCUCUCUGCAUCACGGCUGUCGCAGCCGUCCCUUCAAAUCCUCAAAGGAUUGUGGGCGGUUACGUUACCAGCAUCAGUAGAUACCCCAGCAUUGCUGCCCUCCUCUACACUUCGAACUGGAACCAGUACUCGCAAGCAUGUGGUGGAACCGUCAUUAAUAACAGAUCCAUCUUGACUGCUGCCCACUGUAUUGCUGGUGACGAAGUCGGCCGUUGGCGCAUUCGAGUUGGAUCUACUUUUGCCAACAGCGGUGGAGUUGUCCAUAACGUCAAUCAGCACAUCGUUCAUCCCUCAUACGACUUUAGAUCCCUAGACAAUGACAUCGCUAUCCUGCACUCUGCCUCUAGCUUUUCUUUCAACAACAAUGUACGCGCAGUGUCUAUUGCUGGGCUUUACGUCUGGGCUGCUGGAUGGGGAACAACAUCUUCUGGUGCUAGCUCCGGCUCCGAGCAACUCCGUCACGUCCAACUUGUGACUAUAAACCACAACACUUGCAGAAACAACUACGCAGCUCAAGGUGUCAUUAUCACCGACAAUAUGUUGUGCUCUGGCUGGCCCACCGGUGGUCGCGACCAGUGCCAGGGUGACUCUGGUGGUCCUCUCUACCACAAUGGCGUCGUUGUUGGGGUCUGCUCGUUCGGAAUUGGAUGCGGCCAAGUUAACUUCCCAGGUGUGAACGCUCGUGUGUCCAGCUACACUUCUUGGAUCUCAUCCAACGCAUAAACAAACAAUUGAUUGGAAAGAUAACAAAAAAUUUUGAGUCUUUAUAAUUGAAUAAUAUACUGCCUAUGUCAUGUU